AUGGAUCCUCGAGUAUCACUCACCUUCGAGGACGGCCGCACUCGCCACAGAUACGAUCCUCAUGCAUUCACCACGACUCUCGACUGGAAAGACAUUCAGCAACUCGCAGCUAGCCGACAAGGACUCGAGACAAGACUUGCCGAGAUCGAGCUCCAUCUUCAGACCGGCAACCAUGCUGACGCGGAAGCCGCCGUGCGUAGCGCUCGCGAACAAGCAACACCACUCACCAACCUGUCGCAGGUUGUCGAAAAUCUUGUGCCAGCCGAGGAACGACCGCCAACGGCGGCUUCGACCGCCAAGGCGGACGAAGUCUUCUCGACGCCUGAGCUUCUCGAGAUGAUAUUCGUGAACCUCCACAGGCAAGACAAGCUCAAUGCCAUGCAAGUGCAGCGGUCUUGGCGUGACACAAUGUUGGGCUCCGUGACCAUGAAGAAGUCGCUCGGCCUGAUAUCACACGGUGGACCCUUCUACUACUCACCCUUCUCUGAUCGCUUCAGCAUCGGCGGGCGCAGGGAUUACGACAACCUUCCCGGCCGCAACAGGCUUGAUGACUACGAGCCAUUCUUCGAGUGGGACGCAGACUCGGAAGCUUCCGUUGACAAUUCUGUCACUCGAAAUCGCGAUGAUCCAUACGUCCUUGACCUCGAGGUCGUUUGGCACAAGCCGUCACGCGGCUCAAGCACCAUAGGCGAUCGCAUCCGACAAAUGCUGCUUUGCAGCCCACCUGUCACUACCCUCCAGGCUCAUGUAACUUGCGCGAGCUGCGUGAAGGGUAAUGGCCACUUCAUGGAGAGAACUGAUAUGGGCGCGGUGCACUCAUCCGGUCCAUCGGGCUUCACGAUCGGCGACUUAGCAGACAAGACUGCUGAGCUGAUGGCAACGCACCCAAACUGUCGCACGAGAUCCAUCGCAUACACGGCUUCUAUCCCGCUCGACGAGGACGAUCCGAUCUUGAAGAAGCGCUUGGCCCGUCGCGGUCUUCGGCAACAGGAGAAAGGUAUACGACACGAGUGGAGAGUGCAGCGCGCGGCCGCUGGUCUGUCUCAUGGACAAGGUGAGUUUCGUGAGAAUGGCGGCUACCGUUCGAUGGGCUUUGAACGUGAUUGUCACGGCCGUCUCGUACCGUUGCGCCUUCAAGAGGAGGAGCAGCCGCGGCAGACGUGUGACGAAGACCAGGAGCUGGAGGAGGAUCGACUAGAUGCUGAAGCGGGCCUGGAGUUUCGUGACCAUGCGGACGAUGGUCCAGCUCCGCAGGGGGAGUAG